AUAAACUAUUUGAAAUAGUUAAUUAAAAAAAUAAAGAUAAGUUGAUAAAACUAAACUUUUUGGUUUGAGAUUUGUUGUAGUAGGUAUUAUAAUGAUUGGUUGUGUAAUAUGGAGUAGAGAAAAUUAAAAAAAAAACGAGAAGGAAAAUUAAAAUCAAAAUGGAAAAAAAUAAAAUGAGAAAGAAAAUUGAAUGAAAAUGGAAAGAAAUAAAAUGAGAAGAAAAAUUGAAAUGAAAGUGACAACAAAUAUGUCAAAAAAAAAGAGAACCUUUAAAAAGUUGAGGGUAUUAUUGUCAAAAAGGGAUUGUUCUUUUUGUUAUGUGUUGUUCAUUUGUAAAUUCUAUCUAUUUUACUUGGAUUUAUAAAUUCACAAAUUAUAACUAACAUUAAUUCCCUGAUUUUAAUUCCAAGAAUUGUGUUUGUCCAUUCAUUCAUUCCAAACAUAAAAAAUUGGAAUUAUAAAUGAAUUCCAACUUUUUUUAAGGAAUUCAUUCAUUCCAAAGAGGCCCUAAGUAGAAUUGGAGAAGGCAUUGUGAUCUAGCAAACCGGCAUCAUUUGCAAUUUAUAAAUUCUGCAUAAAUAAUAAAGAUUGCAGAAUUAUUAAUAUAUAUUUUAUCAAUUAUUGUGUUAUUCGAAUUUUUUUUAUUUCAACUGUAGUCAAUUCUGUCAAAUUGAAUUAAUUCAAUCUAAUCUUAUUUAUAUAACAACCAUUGAAUGUCUCUAUUGUUAAUUUCAAUUGAAUCAAAAGAAAAGAUAACUCUCCAAUUAAAAUCAUGGUCAAUUGAGAAAAUUUGAUUAAAAUUAAAAAUUGGUCUUAACUAAUAAUUUUUUUAAAAAAUUAGUUAGAAUUAUCGGAACUAUCAAGGCUUUGCAAAAUUUUCCGGCUGCAUGUAUAUCUAAUGAUGACUCAGAUAACUUUUCUUCCAGUAUCAUAGUAUGAAAUUUGAACAAAUAAAUGUCUGAGAGCAAUGAAAUUAAUGUCAUUUAUUUAAUGUUCUCCCCGUCCACAAUGUAAUGAUUAACUUGAGUUUCAAUAAAACUAAAAUUUCUUUUUAGGAGAUAAAUUAAAACAGGAAAUUAUAGGAGAUUUCGGAUUUUUAAUUUUGUUUCCUAUUCUACCUUAUUGAAGAUUUUUCGUUUAACUUAAUUUCAAUUUUAUACCUCUGAAAUUAGAGUUUAAAUGAACUUGGGUUUCGAUAAUUUCGCUAAUUAUUAGACCAACUCAACCUAAAUAUAUUUCUCCAAAGAAUUUAUUCAUUCAAAGCACCGUUUCAGUUUUUCUUGAAUUCUUUUCGCACCUUUUCAACUCCAAAUCUCAAAAUCUUUGGUACCUUAAUCUCCAAGAAACCUAAACCCUUCUUAAACCCUAAAAACCCUCUUCAAUGGCGUCUUCAGUUUGCUUAAAGGACCUCUCAGUCUUUCACACAAUUGAUCGUCAAAUUCAUGAAAAAUUGGUCAUGAAAUUAGGGGUUGACUCUAAUUUAUCCAAGAAAAUUGUAGCUUUUUGGUAUUUGCUGGAAACAAAAGGUUAUACAAACUUCGUAUAUAACAUGUUAAUGUUAUCGGAUUCAUAUCUUUACGGUAUGACGAUGGAUGCAGUAAUCUGCUUAGAUUGUUGGAGUAAAAAUUGUCAUAGUUCUUGGAAUUUGCCAUUACCGUUCAUGCGUUUUAUUGUUAGUCAAGAUUUUUGUCUUGCAAAAGUGCUUGAAGAUAGAGCAGAUUGUUUAUCUUUGAUGAAAACUUUCUUGGAGAAUGUGUGUGAUAGGGUUUUUAUUGACUCUAAUCCAAGAAAGUUGGUAAAUGAACUUCAAAUUCAACCUGUGACGGCUAAUGGGUUAUCUGUCGCUAAUGGUUAUGGGUUACCUGUCGCUAAUGGUUAUGGGUUAUCCAAUUGUAAUGGAUUACCUGUCGCUAAUAGUAAUGGGUUCUCUAAUGGUUAUGGGUUAUCUAAUGGUUAUGGGUUACCUGUCGCUAAUGGUAACGGGUCAUCGGUCACUAAUGGUUUAUCCGUUGCUAAUUGUUAUGAGGUAUCUGUUGAUAACGGCUGCGGAUUAUCAGUGGCUAAUGCUAAUUGUAAUGGGUUAUCUGUCGCUAAUGGUAAUGGGUUAUCUGUCGCUAAUGGCCGUAGUAAUAGGUCAUCUACAAUCAAUGGUAGUGGGCUAUCUGUCGCUGAUAGUUACGGGUUAUCUGUCGCUGAUGAUUAUGGGUUAUCUGUUGCCAAUGGUAAUGGGUUAUCUGUUGCAAAUGGUCCUUGUAAUAGGUCAUCUACCAUUAAUGGCAGUGGGUUAUCUGUCGCUAAUGAUAAUGUGUUAUCUGUCACCAAUGGUAACGGAUAUUCUGUCGCUAAUAGUGGCGUAUCGGAUGAGACUCAGAAGGUUCAAUCUCGUAGGGCAGUUAUGGAAUCUGAGAAAAAAGAUGCAGCUGUUGCUUCUAAUAUUGAUCGAACACUGUUUAUUACAUUCUCAAAAGGACAUCCAAUAUCAAAAGAAGAACUUAGAGAUCUAAUAGUGAGGAAAUUCGGGGAUUGCGUAGAAUCGGUCUAUAUGAGAUCAGAACCGGAACCUCUAUUUGCCCGAGUUGUGAUUGACUCAGUGUCAGCAAUGUCAAGAAUUCUAGGGGACAAAGAUAUAGUAAAACUCGGCAUUCAUGGCAAAGAUGUUUGGGUUAGACGCUUUAUCCAAAACACACAGCAGGUUAGUUAGUAUAGCAGCAGUUAUGGUGUCAAUUUUUUUGUUAUUUUGAUGGAAAUGGUGUCAAUUAGUUUUAGUUUAGAAAGUCAACUCUAAUUUGUUUGUUUUUCAUUUAGAUAAGUACAAAUGUAAUUAUCUCUUGUAGCUUAAGUAGCACGAAUACGAAGACAUUGAUAUAGAAAACUCGGAAAUUGAAAACGGAAUAUAUAAUUUCGAAGUUUGAGAA